AUGGGAAUUCAUCAACUUAUGUAAUUUCUAAAAGAAAAAGCACCAAAUUGUUUUAGAACUUUGAUGCUUGACUAUUUUGCAGGAAGGUAUUAGUAUUAUUUAACAUAUAGAACAAUUGGUUGUGAUGCAUCUAUGGCUAUGUAUUAAUUUUUAAUUUAAACACAAUCUGCAGGAUAAACAUAAAUUAUAGAGUUAACAGAUAAAGAUGGUAAUAGAACUGGACAUUUGGUUGGGUUAUUUAAUAGAACAUUGUAAUUUCUUGAAAAUGGAAUAAAACCUGUUUGGGUAUUUGAUGGAAAGCCUCCUUAAUUAAAAAGUGGUGAAUUAGCAAGAAGAAAGAAAUUAAAAGAAGAGGCUUAAGUUAAAACUGAGUUGGCUCUUGAAAAAGGUGAUAUGCAAUAGGCUUUGCUUCAAAAUCAAAGAACAACUACAAUCACUAGUAUAAUGAAAGAUGAUGCAAUAAAAAUGCUUAGAUUACUGGGUUGCCCUAUCAUAAUAGCACCAUGUGAAGCAGAAGCUUAAUGUGCUGAAUUAUGUAGAGCAGGAAAGAUAUAUGCUACAGCAACUGAAGAUAUGGAUGCUUUGACAUUUAGGACUCCAAUUUUAUUAAGAGGAUUCAAUACAAAAAAGGAACCUAUUUAUGAAAUUAUAUAUGAUGAUAUGAUAAAAGAAUUAGAAUUAACUUAUGAAUAAUUUGUUGAUUUAUGCAUUUUAGUAAAAUAUUUAUAUAAUUCAUUUUUUUAGUGUGGAUGUGAUUAUACUGAAAAAAUAGAAGGUAUAGGACCUGGAACAGCUUAUAAAUUAAUAAAAGAGUUUAAAAAUAUUGAAGGAAUUUUAGAGCAUGUGUAGAAAGUAAAUGCAGAAAGAGUAAAAAAUAAUUAAAAUCCUAAAUAUACAGUGCCUUCAAAAUUUUUGUAUGAAGAUAGUAGAGAAUUGUUCAUUACUCCAUAAGUAUAAAAAGGAGAAGAAAUUUAAGUAAAAAUAUAUCUUAAUUGUUAUUUUAGUUAAUUUGGAAUAAGCCUGAUGUUGAUAAUCUUAAAAAAUUCCUUAUAGAAGAAAAAGGUUUUGCAGAAUCAAGAAUUGAUAAUGGAUUAAAAAGAAUUGCUAAAAAAGAUCAUACAGGAUUUUAAAGUAGAUUGGAGAAUUUCUUUGGUAAAACCACAAAAAUAAUACAUCCAAAUAAUAGCAAAGCAAAAGGGAAAUCGAAUAAAAAGAAUGAAUAGCCUUAAAAAUCUGGUGGAAAGAAAAAAUUGUGA